ACUCCCACCACCUUCCACACACACCAUCCUUCUUUUUUUAAAUCUCCAGCUCUCGGUUUUCUCUAGAGGAGGCACAGAGAGAAAGCAGAGAUGGGACGAGCAGGGAGAAUGCUCCUGCCUCUUCGCAGCCACCAGCUUUCAGGAGAGCGCGGCAGCCCCCCCUGCCUGUGGACUGACCACUGAAAGGUUGACACCAAUCCUGGCCCGCAGAGGUGAUGAGGAAUGGAGGCUUCAGAACCUACCCACCCCACCCCGCCUGCCAGCGACCAGUCAGCUCCUGCUCCUGGUGUUCCGGGGGUCUCAGGUGGGCAGGCCUCACCUCGCCUGACCCUGGGUCCAGUCAUCCUGCCGCCAGAGCAGGGCCUGCCUCCAACUGUGUUCCUAAAGGCCUUGCCCGUCCCACUAUACCACACGGUACCUCCUGGGGGCCUUCAACCACGUGCGCCCCUGGUGACAGGCAGCCUGGAGGGGGCCAGUGUGCCUUUCAUCCUCAGUCCCUUGCUGCAGCCUGAAGGGCCCAGUCCCACCCAGAUGGGCAAGCCAGCCACCCCGGCCCUGACCGUGAACAUCGUGGGCACACUGCCUGUACUCUCCCCGGGUGUGGGGUCCACACUGGUCAGCACGGGCAGGCUGAAGAAUGCUGGGAAGUACCUGUGCCCGCACUGUGGCCGGGACUGCUUGAAGCCCAGUGUGCUAGAGAAACACAUCCGGUCCCACACGGGGGAGAGACCGUUCCCAUGCACCACCUGUGGCAUCGCCUUUAAGACCCAGAGCAACCUUUAUAAACACAGACGAACACAGACACAUCUCAACAACUCUCGACUGUCUUUAGAGUCUGAGGGAAGUGGGAGCAGCCUUCUGGGGGAUGGAGAUAGGUCUGGAGAGACCGCCUCACUGGAGAGCAGGGGGGACGAAGGCGCGCCAGAGAGCGCUCUUUCCCCUGGAGCCCACCCCACCCUCGCUACUAGGAACAGGGAAAGGAUGGUAGAAGCGGCUCCCUCUCUAGGGGCCAACCUUGCCCACAAGGAGGCUCCUGUGGACCAUCCCCAGAUGGUAUCACCCGAGUUUCCACUAGUCAGCCCGCAGCAUAGGCGGAAGUUGCCAGAAUCAAAGCCAUCCUCCCUGCAGAGACAGCAGGAGACAUGCUCAGAGAAGCCCUGGGACUCCAAGGCUGUGGAGGGCCAGCUGAGGAAGUGUGAGAGCACAGACUCGGGCUACCUGUCACGCUCAGACAGCGUGGAGCAGCCUCCGGUUGCCUCCAGCCCCUUGCACAGUCUGUCGGAGCACAGUGCAGAGUCUGAGGGGGAAGGAGGGCCUGGGGGCGGGUCUGCAGGCAACAGGGCAGAGCAGGGAACACCGGGAUCCAGCCUGGAGCUGGAGAAGAAGAGACUGGAGGAGCGCAUUGCCCAGCUCAUCUCCCACAACCAGGCGGUGGUAGACGACCCGCAGCUGGACCAUGUGCGGCCCCGCAAGACUGUGCUAUCCAAGCAGGGCAGCAUUGAUCUGCCCAUGCCUUAUACCUACAAGGAUUCCUUCCACUUUGACAUCCGGGCACUGGAGCCCAACCGCAGGAGGGCUGCCCUCAGCCCAGCUCGCUCUACCUUCACGCCCCUGGAGAAGACCAGACCCCUCUUCUUCCACUCUGUUCCCACCCAGCUCUCCACCACGGUGGAGUGUGUCCCUGUCACCAGAAGCAACUCGCUGCCUUUCAUUGAGGGUUCUAAGUUGUGGCCAGAGUCACGGGACCCGCAGGAUGCCUUCCCUUUGAUGCAGAAGUCCCUGAGCCCCAGGCUCACCCCAACCCGGCUGGGGGACCACCCAGGACUGACCUUGACAGGCAUCCCCAGUGGUCACCCUCGGGCCCUGGUGAGGCAGGCUGCCGUGGAGGAUCUGCCCUGCACCCCUACUGGAGACCCCUCAGCUGUUGCCGAAGACCCAGAUGGAAAGAGAUCUGUGGUAAAGGAGGGGAUGGCAUGCAGGGGCAGGGCCAGUAAGAAGUACGGCCAGAAGAAACAAAAGAUGUUCUCUCAGGAGAAAUGGCAGGUGUACGGGAAUGAGACGUUCAAGAGAAUAUACCAGAAAAUGAAGACCAGCCACCAGGGAGGACAGAAACACAGGGACGUGAAGCAGGGCCAGGGGUCGGAACUGGACCUACCCUCCCAGGAAGAAGUGGUAGGGGCUGAGGGUGCAGGCCUGUCUCAGGACAAUAGGGUCCCUGUCCUUGGGGACGCUGCAGUAGGGGCAAAGCCAGGACCUCUGGGAAGUUGGCCGUCCCUGGAAGGCUCAUUGGAGACCGAGUUUCCUAAGCAACUGAAGGCAGUGGCCAGAGCCAAGUCGUCUCCCACCCUUGGCAGCACAGACGCCCUUUGUCUGAACAGUAAGAGUCCUCUGCUCUCUCCGCAUGGGAAAUCAGACCUGGGAAGCCAGUUGCCUCCAGAGCUUGUGCAUCUCCAAGAAAGAGACUUAAAAGCCCCUGGGGUGGCUUUGCCAGACCACAGUGGGGAAGUUACAAAAGAAACCUGCCCUGGAGACCAAACUCUCCUCAGACGGCUCAGUGGUGGGUCUGUGGGCCUCCAACUUGUAGAAGACAAGUUACCCUCAGAGAGAAAGAGACUGAAAGUGGAGGGGCUGGACCACCAGGAGCAACCAGGGCCUCUGGAAGCUGAGCCCUUGGGUAGCUCUGUGUGGGCUGACUCCCAGCCACCCCAGAAACAGGACAGUACCUCUGAGGAGGUCCUGGACAGCUCAAAUGAGGGUAUCCAGCAUGCGACAAUGGCCCUGGAGUCUUCUAAUGCCUCCUCAGCUGUUGCUGCUGUUGCCUUGAGGUGGCCAGGGCUAGGGGACAAGGAUCCCACAUUGCCUUCUGUACCUAAGACUCCUGGGCUCCACUCCCUGCUGCCUGCCCAGCUCCAGGAUCCUGGCAUCCCUGCUGCUGUGUCAAGUGGCUCCUUUGCUCCCAAGUACCUGCUCAGGUUACCUCAGGGAGAGAAGCCCUCAUCACAGGUUGCUCCAGGGCCUGGGAAAGGUCCAGACUCUCUGUGUACAAGUGCACAGCCUGAAGAACAGGCCCUUCUUGCUGAAUCAGAAUUGGGAGUGAAUGGGCCACCUAGAGCAUCCUCAGGCCCAGCUGAGGCAGGUGGUAUCCCAGAGGACCCUAGCUGGUCCAGGUCAAUGGAUGGAAGAGAAGAAACACAGACGGGAAGAGAGAAAAGAGACAGGACCAAUAGCAACAUCCCCACAGCUGAACUGUCCUCUGACCCCAACACCGGCACCACCCAGGAGACAGCUUCCGUCCUGCCUGCUCACACGUGUGACACUCAUGUGACCAAGGGUGUAGUGAAUGAGACCCGUGCCAUCUAUUGCCUUUGCAUAGACAGCCCACCAGCAAAAGCUAGAGUAUACGACAAUCUUUUGAACCCUUGGACAUCGUCCCAGAAACUGGGGCCACCUAAGAAUGCCCUAGAAUGUCCUUCUUCAGAGACUAAGGAACGGCUGCCCGCCUGUUUUCCCUCGCAAGCACAUUAUUUCUUCACGUCUUUCACAAGGCCCCCGGGUUUACCCCUGGGCCAGCAGAAACUGGACUUGUCACACCACGUAGGGACCCCCAAAAGCUGUGAAGCCCCAAGCUCCUUCCCCUCACUUAAGGCGGAGCCCCAACUCACCUGGUGCUGCUUGAAUAGCAGCCUAGCCCUGCCUGCAGAACAGCAGAGAGCAGCUCCCAGGGACCUGGCUUCACACUCACCUGAUGGGAGCCUCCAGGGUAGAGCCUCCUGCAGAGUGCUGCCUCCCAAGAGCAGUGGAGGAAGGACCAAGACAAGCCAAGGAGGAGGAGGGACCACGCAGGCACCUGAGCUUCCCCACCCAACAGUCUCAGGAACGAGGGCCCAGGACCAGGUGUCUAGUCCACAGCGGACGAAAGGACUGUGCCAUAGGAGGGUGAAGAUAUCUCAUGAGAUCAGCAAGAAGAAGAAACUGAGGCUUUAUUCCAAGAGAUAUGAAGGAAGUUUCUGGCAGAGAGCCAAACGACUGUGCAAGCCACCCUGGUUGCCAAGAAGAAGCUGUCUCCCCCACCAACUUGAGGGACUGGAGCCACGAGGGACCCUUGGGAAGGCUUCAUCAGAAGCGGCAGAUGCCUGUUUGUUUUCUAAUGUGAGGCAGAUCUGCAAGAGGAGGAGAUUGGGAGGACCUAGGAAGAGUAGGAGAGGUGAACCCAUAACCAGAAUACAAGGUCUGCAUCUGCAAGGAGAGCCAUCGUGUGCCAGCCCAAACCUGCCUGUUGGUCGUGGGAGCAAAGAGAAGGAAGGUGACUGCCAACAAUCUUCAGAACCCAUCUCCCCUGGCACAAAAACCAUCUUGGAAAGAGACAGUUUGACUCUAAAGGAUGUUUCUCCAUCUGCUGGUGAGCGUAAUGACUGUUCUCAGGAGAAGGAUCAUGCCAAUGGGUCAGGACAAUCUCUGCCAUCCAAUGUGUGCUUGACAAUGUUUCAGGAAGAUCCCCUGCCCCAGGGCAAGGGUUCUGAUGUGGGACCCCCAGGGACUCCACUGCCACCUUCCCAGGAUCAAGUCUCCUUAGUUGCCAGCCUGUGUAUCUCCCCAGAUGAUUCAAAGCCGCCUCCAUCCCUUAGAUCGAAAGGAACAUUUCCCCACCGUGACAUUGCUACCUCUGUGGCAGCCAUCUGUGUUCCUACGGGGACACGAACAGGACACAGAACACUGGGGGGUCACAGUGUGGAGUCCCAUAUGGAAGAGACACUGGCCCAAAGCUCCCCAGAUAGAAGAGCCAUUCCAGAAAGCAUAGCACAGGCUCUCCUGCCUAGGAGACCUUCACCUAGCCCAAUAUCACCUGGAAGAACACGUUUAGAAAUGCUGCCAUCAGGUCCAGGUUCGACUAGUUCACACCAGGAGGAAGUGAGACCCCAGGCAGAUUUUCCCUCCUGGACCCAGUAUGGGCAGAGGGAAGUGAGCGUCCCAUGUGCAGCUUUAGGAAGUGAGAGCAGCACAUGUCGCACGGAAGAAUUCAUGGCUCCUUCUGACCAAGGACAACCCUCAGAGGUCUCUGAAGCCCCCUUGAAGUCCAUCCGGAAAAGGAGUUUGGAAGGAAUGAGAAAACAGACUCGGGUGGAGUUGAGCGAUCCCAGCAGUGAUGAUGAAGAUAGACUGGUUAUAGAGGUAUGAUGUGCUUCAGGAGAAAGAUGGUGGCCAUGGCCAAGGACUGGGGAUGGCCAGAGAUAACAUCACCACUCACACAACAUCCAUAGGCUAUGAAAGCCGUCUGAGGGUCCUUCAAGCCAGCUCUAACCAACACAAUGCCCAGAAACAGCCAUGCCUUUCUUCAGUGUCUCUCAGACAGACUUUGGACUCUUCCACACUGAGCUGGAAGAGCCAAGAUGGCCAGAAUUACCAUCUCAAGAGGCUCAGCAUCCACAGCUCCAACAUGACACAGUGAUCCUCGCCUGCCUCAUGCAGUCAGAGGACACUAACUGGAAGAGCCAUAUGUGACAUCGUUCCUGACCAGGGAGACCCACAGGGUCAAGCUCCUGACAUCUCCAUCACUAAGAAGAGUGGCAAACAUACUUGGGGUCACUGGGGUGGCUUGAGGAAAAAGGAUGGGGUACGGACUGGGCACCAAGAUGGUUCUGUGAACUUUGGAGACUAAGUCCAGAUGCAUUCAAAACUGGUCAGGGCCAGCCAGCCAUCCCAGUGGACAAUGUAAAUACGUCAUAAUGCCUAAGGCCCUUUUAAGUGUUGCACAAAUGGUCAGUACCUGUUUCUGUUCCAGUAACACGAGCACCUAUGGCCCUUGUACAUGUGCCUUUCCUGUUAGACCCCCCAGUGCCAAAAAAGCCUUGUGUUUUUGUUUUUUCUUUUUUUAGAUCUUGCAAAGGAACAUUGCAUUAAGUCAGUAAAAUAGUCACUGCAAUGAGUCAUUUUUUUAAAAGGGGGAAAAUUCACUUAUUUCCCUCUGAUUAUUUUCGUCAUAUUGGGCUCUGAGCAAUUUCAAUUAGAGGGCUACAUUUUAGCAAUCUGUACAGAUUGAACUGAUGCCUGUUCCUCAUGAUGGAGUCUUUUAGGCUUCCUCUAGAAGCUUCCAGGACAUAAAACUAAUUGGAGUUCUGAUGCUGUUUUACAUCUUGGUAAUUUUAUUUUGGGGACUUGGUGUUAUUUUGCUGUCAAAUUAAAUCAGCCUUUGCGUUGGGCAUUUCAGAACAGCAUGGAUCAAAUCCCCCAGUAUUUCAAACGGGUGCACCCCCGUGCAGAGGCAGAUAGGUCUGCGUCAGCCAGCCCUCUAUGCAGGCCCCAGGUUCCCAGACUUCCUCUUCGUCCCCUUAAGUGCAAGGGGGAAACUUGAAGAAGUUUACACUGUUCAUUCCUCUACAAUUUUCUACUUGCCUUGGUUUGAUUUUGUACAGUUUGUGAUUUCUGGCUGAAUGUUCGGCUUAACUCUAAGGUAAUGAUGCUCACGUGACAUCUUGUACUCCCAGGCAAGGCAGCCAUGAGAAGCAUCUCAACACGUGUGAACCUAGUUUCCUAAGUCCUUACUGUGAGGAAGAUUGAUCCACUUUCUAGUAUUCCCAUGUCACCUUCCCAGCGUGGCUGUUAUUCACUGAGAACUUCAACGCCACAGCAAAAGCAACUUCCUCUUAGUAGGUCCUUCUGUCUAUGGUCAUCACAUACAUGUUUAGAUAGCUCAGUGAUGGCAAACCCAGCCAACAGGAGUUGAAAAGAACUAGACGUCACCUCUGUAUGCUUCUUAAAGCAAAUGAGAAUGGCACAGUGGUCUCUGCCCUUUGGAUGGCCUGUGCCAGAGAAGGGCAGCUGAGGAAGAGCUCUAGGGGAGGCACAGUCCUGACCCGGUCUUUGGCUGGGAGACCUUGGGGAUGGCUGUCUCUGUGCAUGACAGUGAGACCUGGUCAGAGGAGCUCACUUGUGUCUAUAGGGCUGAAUCCUGGUGGGAUUAGCUAAUUGAGAGACCAUGGUUCCCUUUAUAGCUGUGUCUUCAUGGGCUGGAGAUGUCCCCAUGGAAGCCAUUGCUCCAGAGUCGUCAUUUUGGGGAACUGAUUCACAGAUAUUGUUAGGCUACUACUGCUGUGUAGUAUAUGAACUGAGGGAAGGGUCCUCUAAUUACUCCUGCAAUCCUGAUUUAGGGGAGCAUGAGGCUCUUAAUCUCAACAUCAUGGGUUCAUGCCCCACAUUGGGCACCAUUUUACACGAGGAGGCUGCAUUUAGUUUCCUGGCUGCCCAGACCCAAAUAAUCACACAGAAACUACAUUAAUUACAACACUGAUCUAUUAGCUCAGGUUUCUUAUUAACUAACUCUUACAUCUUAAAUUAACCCUUUUCUACUAAUCUGUGUGCUGCUGGUACAGGGCCAUGGCUUACUAGUAAGGGUCUGGUGUCUGUCACCUUUGGCAGCUCCAUGGCAUUUCCCUGACUCCACCUACUC